AUGGUGAUUAAUAGCCGAAUAAGGGGCUUUUUUAAACUGACUUUUUUUCCAUUGGCACUAAAACAGAAGUCAGGUCGCUUUGCUGGCUGCCAUGCUCGAUCGGAAGUUUGCCGCCUUCACCACAAACCCAAAAGUUGCCCUCCGAAUCAGCUCUGUUCUUACCCAGACGAGUGCAGAAAUUCAAGUGUGCCUAUGGCCCUACCGAAAGUCUGCAUUUAUCUGGCCGAUCUCGACAACCGUCUGAAAUAUUUGAUGGCUGUACACCAGGAUCACUCAGACCGAGAUGGGGGAAAUAAUAGCAAACGUGGCGGUUUUCCUCUGAAUAGUUUCGAGCACUGCCAUAAGGCUGUGUUUGAUUGCUUUCUGCCAACUGCUUCGUCGAUCUCAAAGCUGGAGCAUUACAGCAUAAGAAAUGACAAUACAAGUUGUGACUUGGUCAACCAAGAAAGGAGUUGGCCCACGUGGCGCGAAACGAUCAACAGCGCUAAAGCCAGUAAGAAAAAUUUAGGAUCCCUUAAAUUUACAAAAUAG